AUGGCGCAACUUCUGCGCCUUAUGAUGGAAGACCGUGAGGCAGCCCGUGCAGAGCGCCAAGCUAAUCUUGCUACCCUUCAGCACCUCGCUCAACUUGCUACUGGAAACGCCAACAACAAUAAUGGCGGGAAUGGAAAUGGAGACCAUCGCUCUAAGCUGAAGGAUUUCCAGAGCACUAACCCUCCUGUUUUCGCCAAGUGCACUGAACCUCUCGACGCCGAUGAUUGGCUUCGCACCAUUGAGAACAACCUGGAGGUCGCCGGAGUCAGCGAUGAUGAGAAGGUGUUGUUCGCCACUCACUUUCUUUCUGGACCUGCACGCGCUUGGUGGGAGAAUGUCAAGGCUAUUCAAGCUGAAGGACACGUCAUCAACUGGGAAGAAUUCAAGGCCAAGUUCCGCAAGACCCACAUUCCGUCUGGACUGAUCAAGCUCAUGAAGGACAAGUUCAUGAAUCUGAGGCAAGGAAGCAUGUCUGUUGUGGAAUACAUGGACAAGUUCACCACACUCAGUAUCUUGGUGGCUGUUCCAUACCCAGACCUUGAGUCGCUGGUACAUGCCUCUAUCAUGGUUGAGAGCAAGCGCAAGAAUGCGUUUGAGAACCGCAAGCGCAAGGUGAUGCUGCAGCAAGGCAGCUCCAGCACUCAGCGACCCCGCAGUUUCCCUCCGCCCACACCAGCGCCCCAGCCACAGAGGACACCACCCCCUGCACCUCGCCCCAACAACCCCAACCGCAACUUCAACCCUCAGCGUUCUGGAGGAAGCAACUACAAUCCGAACUACAACCGCCAGAACAACACUGUCUGCCCCGCCACCAAUGGAUGCUACACCUGCGGACUGCCGGGUCAUUUCUCCAAGGAGUGUCCCAACAAGAUGAACACUGCUCAGCGCCCCAACGCGCCCAAGCCAAAUCAGGGUCAAGCCCGUACUGCCGCCGGAAGGAACCAGAACCAGAAGAAGCCAGCUGGACCAGCUAGGGGACACCUCAACCACGUCAACGCUGAAGAAGCUCAGGAAGCUCCGGAUAUCGUUCUGGGUACGUUUCCCGUCAACUCAGUACCCUCCAUCGUCUUGUUUGAUUCCGGAGCAUCGCAUUCGUUUGUUACUAAGCCGUUCGCUAGAAAGAGUGGCUUAAGGCCUACCAUCAUGAGACGGCCUAUGCUUGUUCAAAUUCCGAGAACCUCCACCAAAACGGAUCUAUCCUGCAAGGAUGUUCCUAUAGAUAUUCAGGGGAAGCGUUUUCACGCCAAUCUGAUAGUAUUGGGUGAGCAAGGUCUGGAAGUUAUUCUUGGCAUGGAUUGGAUGGUCAAGUAUAAGGGUCAUAUCGACUGUGCUCGCCGAGCCAUAACCAUGACUGUUGAAGACGGCGAGAUAAUUGAACAUAUAGCCACCAUGCCAUCAUCGAAGAAUGAAGAAGAGCAUGCUGAACAUCUGCGGAUUGUUUUGGGAACUCUCAGAGACCAUCAGCUUUACGCCAAGUUUAGUAAAUGUGAAUUUUGGCUGAAAGAAGUAGGAUUCCUUGGUCAUGUCAUUUCACUGCGGAGGAGUGUCACCGACCCGUCCAAAAUUCAGUCCAUCAUGGAGAAGAAAGCCCCUACCAAUCAGACCGAAGUCCGCGCCUUUCUAGGAUUGGCGGGUUAUUACCGCAAGUUCGUUGAGGGAUUCUCCAGCAUUGCGAGACCCUUAACGCAGCUGUUGAAGAAGGAUAAGAAGUUCGAGUGGACCGAUAAAUGUGAGGCCAGUUUUCAGGAACUCAAGAAGAGAUUAGUCACAGCCCCCGUCUUGACCAUGCCUGAUCUCACCAAGGAUUUUGAUGUAUACUGCGAUACAUCGAAACUUGGUUUGGGAAGUGUGCUAAUGCAAGAAGGAAAGGUGAUAGCCUAUCUGUCAAGGCAACUUCGACCGCACGAGAUGAAUUACCCCACGCAUGACUUAGAGCUUGCUGCGGUGGUUCAUGCCCUGAAGACCUGGCGUCAUUAUUUAGUUGGGAAUCGCUGCGAGAUCUACACUGAUCACAAAAGUCUGAAGUAUAUUUUCACUCAGCGGGAGCUGAACAUGAGGCAAAGCAGAUGGAUGGAGCUCAUCAAGGAUUAUGACCUCGGCAUUCAUUAUCACCCCGGUAAAGCCAACGUCGUAGCCGAUGCCCUUAGUCGAGAGCCGUGUUCGCUGAACGCCCUAAUCAAGAUUGCUCAACCCAGGCUGUAUGAAGAACUUGAGGAGUUUGGCCUCGAGUUGGUUAGCCACGGUUUCCUGGCAAAUCUUGAGCUGCAGCCUACUUUGUUUGAUCAGAUCAAAUAA